AUGGCUCGACUUUUGCUGUUCCUGUUUUUUGUUGCAUUCAUGGGUUUCACAGCUCAAGCAAUGCUCUUUGGAAAGGUAGGAAAAAAUCAACUAGAUAGCUCAAAUACUUUUACAAUGGAACAAUGAAGGUUGACAUAGAUUAACCCGAAUUUCUGGUGAUUUCCAAACUGUUCUUUACGACCAAAAAAAAAAACAAAAAGUGCGCAGCCUUUAUUAAAUAAUUGCGGGGGUCAAGUCUAUGACAUGUAGUGAAUCUGCUGAAUAAAUUUAAACCAGUAUGGUUCAGAUACUCUCUCACUAAUUUCUUAAUUUCUUUUAGUUACAUGGAGCCUUGCCAGACCCUGGGCAAAGGAUUGAUUCCAGAAACGCUAUUCUGCGCAAACUUUUUGGAAAAGGUUAGCACUGAAAAGCUGUCAAAAAGCAGUUUUGUACAUUGACGGAUAACCAAUUAAAACAGUGGUCAGCAAAUUCUUUUAUUUCUAAAAUCAUUAUUUUAAAGGCGAAGAUAUGAACAAGUAUGAAGCAGAAGCCUUUAACUGGGAAGACGAAUAUGCCCCGGAUUUCAUGCCUGAGGAAGGUAACUAUAAUGUGUUGGUGCGGUAUGCGUUGAAACUUGGAACAUUGUUGUAACAAUUCAAGAAGAUGAUGAAAUCGUAGUGAAAUUUUUUUACGGCACAAUGCUGACAAAUGUUGCUGUUUAGGAGUCUUUAGCAAUACCCAUGCGCAAAAGUAGACACAAAGGCUGAUUUUUCCCCAAAGUGGCUGUGAUAGAAUUUGACGUUAUUCACUAGAAAACUCUUGAAUAGCUUCCCUUUAAACUUCAAAAAAACUAUUCACUGCUGAAUAAUUUAUUCAUUGAUUUUCACAAUUUAACGAAAUAACUUAUGUUUCAAUUAUUCUUUUGCAUGCAGGUACCAAAAACAAGCUAAGAGACUCCCUCCAAGAGGUUAAAAGCGACAGGCGACAUUAAAUUAGCUGCUUUACCAGCAAUAUAGGCAUUAGCUGUUGUAGAAUAAACUCGGAUUUUUUUCAUACUGCACUCAACUGUGAGUAUUGAAAUUUCUCGCCCCUUCUGCAGCCAGCGCCCUUUGCGUUUAUUUGCCAGUAAAGCAUCGACUUUAUAAUCAGUCUUUGAACAAUAAAACCAAUGUGGUAAGCUACAAUAGCAAAAACUGUAAAAUCAGUCAGUUACAUGUAAGCUACAAUAAUAUUGAUAAUGGCAAUGAUUAAACGCUUAGAAAUGAAAACGACUGUCGUGUAUGUCUUAUUUUAUAAUAUUUUUAAAUGAUAAUAUACGAAAUUCUCAAGUUUAACUGAAUAAGCCUGAAUAAGUACGUUCACGUGGCCUUAUAUGCAUGCUAAACGUCGAACACUUGAUUAGCAACAUUUUUUUUAAAUAUCGGCCUCAUUUCAUGUUUCCAGUUUCUCAAAUACAACAACUCUUUCCCACCUGUCUUUUAAAUCAACAACUUAGGGCCUCUCAUAAGCCCGGUUGACCGGGCUGGCCCGGUUUCCGAGAUAUCGCCUUACCUCUAAAUCCUUUGUAAAAUUUUCGAUGUGUUCAUAUGAGAGGGCGGGCUUGGAAAAACCGAGAUCUCGGUAAGCGGGCUGGAAAUUUUGCCAUAUGAACACUUCAUUCCGGUUACCGGGAUGAGCGGCGGAAUGAAUUCUGGCGGUUCAGGCAUCGUUUUGCAUUGCCACAUCAUAAGCAUCCCAUUUAACUGCUGUGAUACAGCUUUAAGACUUACUGAAGCUAUCAUGAUAGGCGCGAUAGUUAAAAUUUUUGUGUUUCGCCAUGUUUGCUUUGUUUCCCGAAUUUGGCGCCAGAAUUCGUCCCCAGGAUCUUUGACCUUUUCUCAUCUAGGAAACCGGGCCAUCCCGCGGUCAACCGGGCUCAUGUGAAGAGGACCCUUAUUGGCAAACCCCGAUUCAUUUUUCAGUGCAUUAAUUCAAAGUUUCACUUCUGUAUUUUUUUGCAGUCCUUUGAAAAUAAAAAAAUUAAUGGCCGUCGUGAUAGAAUUUGGUUUCAGAAUUUAUAGUGUUUUCACUCACAUGGCCAGCAUCUAUGCAAAUUUAUUGAAACAGAAGAAAGCGUUUGCCUAAGAAAAGAGUUCAACUCCCAGAGGAUUGGUUUGGGACACCAACAUGGCCGCCGUUUCAUUGUUUUGGGACACCAAUAUGGCCGCCGUGACGUCAUGAGAAAACACUCUAUACUACUACAUGAGAAAUUUGUGCAAUUUGAUUGGCUUAGAGCAGUGGUAUUCCAGCUUAAUUUGAAAUACUUUAUUACAUGAAAUUUUCGCGACAUGUUUAUUUCGCGAUUUUGACGUGCACAUAUUUCGCGACACUCAAGUUUCGCGAUUUGAGCACAACAAUUUAAAUUUCAUGGGCAAUGUUAUUUAAUAUGUCCUUGAAUUAAACGACUUUGUCAAAGAAACAAUAACAUCAAAAUCGCAAAACACAACGGCAGGACUUAAUGUCAACUGUAGAACAAAGCAGUUUUCACAACGCUCACAAGCAGUUCAUGCUUGUUCGUAAACUUUGAGUCAAUUAACCACUCUUGAGGCGAGUCACUUUCAUAAUUUACUUAAAUAAUUGUGAUACUUUAAUUUUUUCCCAAUUUUUUUUGGUAUUGAGAAAUUAACGUGUCGCGAAAAGUUCAUGUAAUAAGGUACCUAAAUGUGAAAAUUUAAAACCUUCUACGGGUAGUAGUAUAAACAAUUUUAAAAUAAACACCACUCGUGAUAUUUCAAAAUUGUCUCAAAUUUCAAGUAUCACUCGUGGUGUUUAAGCCAAAUAUCACUAAAACUCAUGCUAUUACCCAUAUAGGUAACUAAUAUUCAGCAUAUUUUUGUGAUCUUAUCUUCAUUCUGCUAUGUUAUUACAGGCGGCUAAAACUCACAAUAGGAGGAAACGGUGCGGUAUUAAUUUUCGUUGACGCAGAGUCUGAAAACUCUGCUCCCGGUCGAAUUGGAGGUAAUGAAUAUUUUUUUUCCUGAAAUCACCCAGAGCCCUACCUUACAAGUUAAGUUAUCGGCCCCUAAAGUCACGUUCCGUGUCCUUUCCGUGGAAUAUACGUGACAUUUCUACCCACCCUCUUCUUUAAACGUCAGUUUGGACUUGCCUAGUUCCUAGGCCUCAUUAUUAUGCGUGGCCGAUGCGUUUCGGGUCUCGUGGUCCGAGAAAGUUUUUGAGGCCGUCUCCCGGCCGUUCGUCUUGGAUACGUCACCGAAAUGCAUUGACCAAGAGGGCCUGGAAAGACGCCGUACAGGGACUAGGCAAAGUUUGGACCACAUAUGAUAACAUGCCCCCCAUGAAUAUUCUGAUAGUGAAGGCAUUUCACGAACGUUAUAUUUGUAACUGAAAAUAUUGCACAAAAUAUUGAUGGGGCUAUGAAUAAAUAAAUGUGAUGUAACUCAUCACAGCACCUUAAACUGCUCUCGGGUGACUUUUCUUUCAUACCGGCUCUGAAGAUCAAGACAACGAAAAACACGCUUACAAAAUGGCUCGACUUUUGCUGUUCCUGUUUUUUUUGUUGCAUUCAUGGGUUUCACAGCUCAAGCAAUCCUCUUUGGAAAGGUAGGAAAAAAUCAACUAGAUAGCUUAAAUACUUUUAAAAUGGAACAAUGAAGGUUGACAUAGAUUAACAGAAUUUCUGGUGAUUUCCAGACUGUUCUUUACGACCAAAAGAAAACAAAGAAUGCACAGCCUUCAUAAUUCAAUAAUUUCAGGGGUCAAGCCUAUGACAUUUAGUGAAUCUGGUGAAUAAAUUUAAACCAGGAUGGUUCAGAUACUCUCUCACUAAUUUCUUAAUUUCUUGUAGUCACAUGGAGCCUACAUGAUACUUUAAAAAUUCGAGCUUAAUAAUGCUUAUGUUAUAGAUUUUGCACUUUACAGCGUUCCUUGCCAGACCCUGGACAAAAGAUUGAUGCCAGAAACGCCAUUCUCCGCAAACUUUUUACAAAAGGUUACUGGGUACUGAAAAGCUGUCAAAAAGCAGUUUAAAUAUCGACAGAUAACCAGGUUUAACUGGUUACUGUUUUAAAAAACAGUGGUUAGCAAUUGUUUUUAUUUGUUAAAUCAUUAUCUUUAAAGCCGAAGAUAUGA